AAUCCCAUCUAGCAAAAUAUGUUUUCAUAAGAGUUUCUCUGGACGAGUGUGGCUGUUUAUUUCUCCUUUCCAGCUUUCUGCAUCUGGAAGUGAUUACGUGGACGAGUAUAAAACAGGACUGCAGUGUUUUUCUUAGCUUAAGGCUUCAAUAUGGCUGGGAGAGUGCUGCCUAUGGUGUUGGGGUUCUCUCUCUUCUUCUUUGGUUAUGGGGAAGAAAUGAGAGCCAUACAGAGCUUCAGAGGGCCAAACUAGUUCCAGUCUCAAUGACUGGACCUGGGGCAAUGCAACAGGAUGAGGCAGAAGUGCUUGGGCUGGAACAAAAAUAUCAGAACCCUGACAUCAUGCUGAUGAACUACAGACCGCGACUGCGUCGACAUGCAGAAAAGAAGAAAAAAAAGCACAAUGCGGGAGCCCUCUCCCCACUAAGUACGGCACUGGAUGGAAAGGAAACACGUAACUCUCACACCAAGAGGCAAAGAAGGUCAAAGGACAAGAAGACCAAGCUUGUAAAACCACUCCUAAAGCACCACCAGCCACGUAAUAAACAGAUGUCUCCUACAGAAAACGCUCCAAAGAGAAAGAAGGUGAAGAAACCACAACCACCAGGAGUACUCUCUGUUCUCAGUUAUGUUACAACGGAUAAGGAAAGAUCAGGUGGACAAAUAGAAGAUUUGGAUGACUAAGACAUUACAAUCUUUAAUGAUCAGUAUAAUCAGAUUUUUUUGUUUUACCUUCAGAUUUUUUAUAAACCUCAUAAGACGUAAAUUUUACACAGUAUGAAUAUAUACAAAAUGUAUAGUCAAGAUUAGGUUCAGAAUGACCUACUCCUCUGUUAAUAAAGCACAUACAGUAUUUACUUAAUUGGCCAUUAACCUUUUCCUGAUAUAUUAUAGGUGCUUUUCUGUGUAUUACCAAAAGUGACCACCAAGUGCCAGUAAUUAUGCAAUAUCUUGAAUUCUGAAGAAUGUGUUUGGGAUUGCAUUUAAUAGCAUUGACAGAGUCUCUAUUUCUCAAAAUUGUUAUGAAUAAAUUUCUUCUGAAAACA